ACAUAUGCAGCACACAACGGGAAUAAAAGUUUAAAAAUCCCAGAAACAUAGUUCAGUAUAUUUCAACAUCUCCUACAAAAUGUAUUGGACGCAGUAUUUCGAGAACGUUGUAUCGAUAGCAGUAUUUUUUAUCUUGGCAUUGCAGCAAAGCUCUGCAAGUGCAACGGGAACAGGAAUAGCAGCAGCAGCUGCUACAAAUGUGACCAAUGGGUUUUAUAUAGAAACAACAAAGGGUAAUUGGUUCCAAGCAUUCAAUGGAUGUUCCAUUAAACGCAUGAAUCUGGUGGUGUUGGAUACCAAAGAUAAAACCGACAAAUUAAUAAGGGAGCUCAAGAAAGUUUAUGGCAACGAUCAUCCCAACAUCUGGAUCGGCGGCAAUGAUAAGGCGAAAAAUCGUGAAUUUAUGUGGAUUACUGCCAAUAAACCGUUUACCUAUACGAAAUGGGCUCCUGGCCAGCCGGACAAUAAACGAGGCAAAGAACAUUGUGCCAUGCUGUGGGAGAAUCAUAACUAUCAGUGGAAUGAUGGAGAUUGUUUGUCUAAAAUGAUUUAUGUCUGUGAAGAAAGAAAAUAAAAUACUUUGGGAUUGCAGACAAAUAAUUAAAUAAUUAAAAGAAAAUGUUUUAUGGAACUCUUUUUCAUUAAUUAAAUAACAAAAUUAUAUUUGUGUGUAAAUAAAGCAGUUAAAAAGUAUAAA